UGCGGCAUGGAGCUCUCCUACCGGGCCGUGAAGGCGGCUUCCCAGAGCAGAGAGGCGGAUGAGUUACGGACGGAAGCGAGACGCAAAAACCUCCUUAUUCUCAUCAUGCAUUACUUGAUGCAGGAAGGGUAUGUGGAUUCCGCAAACGCUUUGGAGCAAGAAACCAAAUUAGAUCUGAGACGUUUCGAAGUUUGCGACAACAUAGAUCUGGAGAGCAUUUUGCUGGAAUACGAAAGCUACUAUUACGUUAAGUUUCAGAAGUACCCCAAAGUCACUAAGAGGGCGGCCGACCCAGACAGUCGGCUAAACUCUAAACCCCAAAGUGGAGGAAAAUUCAGGAGAGCAGGCAGUAACUCUUCACAAGGCCUUCCGAGGAUCCAUCAGCAUCACCCGGUGCAGAGACCGCUGUCCAGGUACAACACCAGAACAACGGAGAACGGGAAGACGCCAAGCAGGGAGGGAGCUAAACAGGAAAACGGCAGCGCCGGCUCCUCUGAGACUUCUGAGUUCGGUCUGAAUGUUUCAUCCAUGAACAAGACUGGAAAGAGUGGAGAUGGAAGCCAUCCAAGACGGGGGCAAAUAAUUGACUUCCGUAGUAUGAUUCAAGAUGCGAUCAAAGGGGCGAGUAAUGAAAUCUCUUUGAACAGCCUAAAUUCCAAUCCAGAUCCUUCGGAGCGUCUCAUCAAACCUGUAAGCGCCUUUGUCGGGGCAAACAGCGAAAUGAGAGAGUUGGCCACCGUGAUAAGCCGGGACAUUUACCUCCAGAACCCUAACGUGAGGUGGGAUGAUAUAAUUGGACUCGAUUCAGCCAAGAGGCUGGUGAAGGAGGCCGUGGUGUAUCCUAUAAGGUAUCCGCAGCUAUUCACGGGAAUUCUCUCGCCCUGGAAGGGACUCUUGCUGUACGGACCCCCGGGCACCGGGAAGACGCUGCUUGCGAAAGCCGUGGCCACGGAAUGCAACACCACGUUCUUCAACAUCUCGGCUUCCACCAUCGUAAGCAAGUGGCGAGGAGACUCCGAGAAGCUCGUGCGGGUGUUGUUUGAACUUGCCCGAUAUCACGCUCCCUCCACUAUUUUCCUGGAUGAACUGGAGUCUGUGAUGAGUCAGAGGGGAGCGGGUCCAGGGGGGGAACACGAGGGAAGCCGGCGGAUGAAGACCGAAUUACUGGUGCAGAUGGACGGCUUGUCCCGAUCAGAUGAUCUUGUAUUUGUUUUAGCUGCUUCCAAUCUUCCGUGGGAGCUGGACUACGCUAUGUUAAGGCGCCUGGAGAAGAGGAUUCUAGUAGACCUGCCCAGCAAAGAGGCCAGACAGGCGAUGAUCCAGCACUGGCUGCCGCCCGUCAGCAACAGCGGAGGAGUGGAGCUCAGGACCGACCUGGAUUACAGCACCCUGGGAGACGAGACGGAGGGUUACUCCGGGUCUGACGUUAAACUGGUUUGUAAAGAGGCAGCCAUGCGGCCGGUGAGAAAAAUCUUUGACGCGCUUGAAAAUCACCAGCCGGAUAAGGAUCUGCCGGUCAUCCGGCUGGACACGGUCACCACCUCUGACUUUUUGGAGGUCUUGGCUCACACCAAGCCGUCGGCCAAGAGUCUGACCCAGAAAUACGUGGCCUGGCAGAAGGAAUUCGAGUCGGUUUGAGAAGCUCUUUACAAAACCGCGACAACUGCCUUCCGGAUGUGUGACGGAGCUCGGACGCGUUACCAAAGAGACCGCGCUGCGCAUGGGGUGUAAGGACCAAAGUAUUUUUAUUUUGAAAGUUAACUUUACUGUGUAAAGCUUUUAAAUGAAUUAAAAA